GCCACCUCCCCACUCCCCAGGCCCAGAGAGGACGUCACCGUCAAGAAGGAGAAGAAGGAGCGGGACCGGGACCGGCAGCGCGAUGGGCACGGCCGGGGCCGGGGCCGGCCCGAGGUUAUCCAGUCCCACUCCAUCUUUGAGCAGGGCCCUGCUGAAAUGAUGAAGAGGAGAGGCUGCUGGGACAAGUCAGUGGAUGUGUCGGACUUCGGCCCUUCCCACAUCAUCAACAUCAAGAAGGAGAAGAGGGAGACGGACGAGGAGACGAAGCAAAUCCUACGGAUGCUGCAGAAGGACGAUUUCCUUGAUGACCCGGGGCUGAAGAACGACAUCCGUAACAAGCCGGUGCAGCUGCCGCUGGCCCACUCGGGCUGGCUCUUCAAGGAGGAGGUGACAGAGCAGGAGGACUCCCAGUCCUGGCUGCCUGUCCCCAAGGAGGAGAAGAUGGAGCUGGACCCGCCGGCAGUGAAAGUAAAAGAAGAACCAUGUGAUGAGGAUCCUCCAGCCAAGCCGGCGCAAACCAAGGGCCCCCCCGGUUUUCCCCGGGAUGUCUCGGUGGCCGAGCUGCUGCAGCGCCUGAGCUUGUCGGCGGAGGAGGAGCUGCUCUUCCUGCAGCUGCCCGACACGCUGCCUGGGCAGCCGCCCACCCAGGACACCAAACCCAUCAAAACGGAGCUGCAAAACGAGGAGGGACAGAUGGUGGUGGUGAAGCAAGAGAAGAGCCAGGAGGCGAAGCAGGCGGAGAAUAUCUGUACCCUGGCCGACCUCCCCGAGGGGCAGGUGGGGAAACUGCUCAUCCGCAAGUCGGGGAAGGUACAGCUGGUGCUGGGCAAGGUGACCCUGGAUGUGACCAUGGGGACCCCCUGCUCCUUCCUGCAGGAGCUGGUGUCUGUCGGUAUCGGGGACAACCGGACGGGUGAGAUGAUCGUCCUGGGCCAUGUGAAGCACAAGCUGGUGUGUUCCCCGGACUUUGAGGCUUUGCUGGAGCACCGGCACCGGUAGCCCAGGGGCGGCCCAGCCCCUGCCCCCACAGCCUGUGGGGACAGUCACUGCACUGCUCGGGGACCCUGCAGCCCCCCCUGGCUCUGCCCUCAGCCCCUCCAGCCUUGCCUUUGGGGACACGGAAGAGGUGUCUUCUGCAGGUGUGGGUGCAGGGCUGGCUCCUACCUCCUUCCCGGCCCUGCAGCGGGGUUGGGGGCUCCGGUUUUGUCCCCUAGACCCACUGCCCCUCCCUGUGCCAAACCAGCAGAGGCCGUGGCCGCCCUCAUCUCACAGAUUUCUGGCUGUGUGGGACCGUGGCGGGGGUGUGUGUGUUCCAGCCUCCAGCAGCCGCACACUCACGCUGGGGAGAGCAGGACAUGCACCUUGGGUGGAAUAAAAACUUUU